GUUUAUUGCUGCCCUUCAAAGGGCGAAUCCCGGCACAGUCGUUGAGUGGGAAUGGCAGGAUGGGGAAAUGGCUCGUCGUUCUCGAGACAGAGAAUUCAAAUUUGUCUUCUGGGCAUUCGGGCUCGCCAUUCGAACCUUCCAUCUUUGCCCGCCGAUUAUAAGCAUCGACGGCAAGCACCUGCGAGCAGGUUCGUACAAGGGGAAGCUGCUUGUUGCCAUAGCACAGACCACGAAUAAGCGUCUAUUGCCAGUCGCGUAUGCGAUUGUGGACGAAGAAAGCACGGCUAGCUGGUCCUUUUUCCUAACACAUCUGCGCAAUCAUGUCCUCUCCGACAGGCAAAUAUGUCUUCAUUCCGACAGGGACAACAGCAUAUUGAGUGUCGUUGAUUUACUGGAGGCUUGGCACGAACCCCAUGCAUUUCAUCGGAUAUGCCUUCGACAUCUCCGGAGCAACGUGGUUUCAAGGUAUCAGAGUAAGAAAGUCCGGGUUCUGUGCUGGAGGUUGGGUUCAUUGUGUUCUCGUCGCAAAUUUGAGCAUGCUCGACAGCAACUGCAGGAAUGUCACCCGGAAGCAUGCAGUUACCUUUUCCAAAUUCCUUUGGAAAAGUGGACACUGUACAAAGAUAACAGACGUCGAUGGGGCACUCUGACAACCAAUAUGUCAGAGAGUUACAACAACGUCCUCAAAGGUGUUAGGUUCCUGCCCUGCAGAGCAUUAGUACAGGCGACAAUGGACAAGACUCUGGAUUUGUUCCAACAGGAACAAAAAAAAGUCCAGAAGCUGUCAGAGUCAAAUUCCUACCCACCUCUAUGCCGCCUAUCUGGAGUUGGAGAGGACAACAGUGACUCACGAGGUGGAAU